AUGGUGAUGCCCAGCUGCGAUCCCAACGACCUCGAGGGCAGCACGCGACUCAUCGAGGACCUCACCGCCAAUGCCCGUCAGGUCCAGCAGCAGGUUCUGAAUGAGAUCUUGACGAGGAACGAGGGGACGGAGUACCUACAUGGUUUCCUCCGUGCCCACAAGGGCCGUGAUCUCUUCAAGAAGAAGGUGCCGGUGGUGGAGUACGAUCAGGUCAAGCCUUACAUCGACCGUCUUGCCAAUGGGGAGCCGUCUCAGAUCAUCUCCGCCCAGCCCAUCUCGGAGCUGCUCACCAGCUCUGGGACUUCUGGCGGGCAGCCCAAGAUGAUGCCUUCCACGGACGAAGAACUGGAUAGGAAGACCUUCCUCUACAAUCUCCUCAUCCCUGUGAUGAAUCAGUACGUCGACGGGCUGGACCAAGGGAAGGGCAUGUACCUCCUGUUCAUCAAGCCGGAGAUCAGCACGCCGGCCGGCCUCACCGCCAGGCCCGUGCUCACCAGCUACUACAAGAGCCGCCACUUCCGGAGCAGGCCCUUUAACAGGUUCAAUGUCUACACCAGCCCGGACGAGGCCAUUCUCUGCCCCGACAGCAAGCAGAGCAUGUUCUGUCAGCUCCUCUGCGGCCUCGCCCAGCGCGACGAGGUUCUCCGAGUAGGCGCCGUCUUCGCCUCUGCCUUCCUCCGCGCGAUCAAGUUCCUCGAGGACCACUGGCCGGAGCUCUGCUCCAACAUCAGAACCGGGACCGUCAGCGACUGGAUCACCGACGCAAGCUGCCGCGACGCCGUCGGCAGAAUCCUCCGCGAGCCCAACGCGGAAUUGGCCGACGUGAUCGAGUGGGAGUGCAGGAGGGAGCCCUGGGAGGCGAUAGUUAGGCGGCUAUGGCCGAGAACCAAGUACGUCGACGUCAUAGUCACCGGAUCGAUGGCACAGUACAUUCCGCUGCUGGAAUUCUACAGCGGCGGCCUGCCAUUAGUCUCCACCAUGUACGCCUCCUCGGAGUGCUACUUCGGCAUCAAUCUGCGCCCACUGGACCUGCCAUCGGACGUCUCCUACACUCUCCUCCCCAACAUGGCCUACUUCGAGUUCAUCGAAGCCGACAAGACCGAGGGGGGGGAGACCAGCAGCGUGGAGUGCAACUACACCGGCGAUCUCAUCAAGGUGGUGGAUCUUGUGGAUGUCGAGGUCGGCCGCUACUACGAGCUCGUCGUCACCACAUUCACAGGCUUGUACAGGUACCGAGUUGGCGACAUCCUCAAGGUUACGGGGUUCCACAAUGCUGCACCGCAGUUCCGCUUCGUCCACCGCCGCAACGUCGUCCUCAGCGUCGACACCGACAAGACCAACGAAGAGGACCUGCUGAAAGCCGUGACGCAGGCCAAGCUCCUGCUGGAGCCACUCGGCUGCCUCCUCACCGAGUACACCAGCUACGCCGACACCUCCUCCAUCCCCGGCCACUACGUGCUCUUCUGGGAGCUGAAGACCAAAGCCAGCUCCGAUCCUUCCGACGUCGACUCAGCCGUGAUGGAGGACUGCUGCUCCACCAUCGAGUCGUGUCUCGACUCCGUGUACCGGCGGUGCAGGAGCAGGGACCGGUCCAUCGGGCCGCUGGAGAUCCGGGUGGUGCGCCGCGGCGCCUUCGACGCGCUGAUGGACUACUGCGUGUCGCUGGGCUCGUCGGUGAACCAGUACAAGACGCCCAGGUGCAUCAAGUCGAGGGAGGCGAUCCAGCUGUUGGAGGAGAAGGUGGUGGGGAAGUUCUUCAGCAGGAAACUCCCCUUCUGGAAGCCCUACACGAUGAUGGAGACCAAGGCCGGUUGAUCCAGCACUGAUGCCACCACCACCCUCCUUCGUUUACUGUCUCCAUGUGUAAUUCUUGUCCAAAGACCACUUUGCUUUAGUGACAGUACUGUACUUUUAUUCCUACUAUCCGAUACACCGGACCGAUGAUUAAUGAAUUCAAUGAUCGAUCGAUGGGGUUCA